AUGACACGUUCUGCAUUGUUGGCUGCAUUGUUGGCUUUGGCUUUGACCGCUUGUGGUGAAAAACCAGCUGAAGAGGCUCCUGCUGUUGAAGCUCCUGCUGCUGAAGCUCCAGCUGCUGAAACACCAGCUGCUGAAACACCAGUUGAAGCUGCUCCUGCUGAAGCUGCUCCUGCUGAAGCUGCACCAGCUGAAGCUGCUCCUGCUGAAGAAGCUAAGUAA